AUGGAUAUGGAAAUGUUCUUGCGAUGGGCAGCAGAGCUUGGUGUUUCAGAUUCCUUUGAUUCUUCCCGAUUUCGCGAUUCAUGCCUCGGCCAUUCCCUUUCCGUCGCCGACUUCCCUCUCGCCGGCGGGAGAGGUUUGGGUGCUGUUCGUGAGCUCAGGAAAGGAGAAUUGGUUUUGAAAGUCCCGAGAAAGGCUCUGUUGACCACAGAAACCAUGGUCGCGAAAGAUCAAGCAUUGAGGGAUGCUGUUUCUGUCCACGGAUCGCUUUCUUCGACACAGAUACUGAGUGUAUGCUUAUUGUACGAAAUGAGCAAAGGGAAGAGCUCUUUCUGGUACCAAUACUUGGUGCAUUUACCUCGUGACUAUGAUCUCUUGGCCACAUUCGGGGAAUUCGAGAAGCAAGCUUUACAAGUUGAAGAUGCUGUCUGGGCUGCAGAGAAAGCCAUAGCCAAGUCUCAGUCUGAGUGGAAGGAAGCUGGUGCGAUGAUGAAGGAGUUAGAUCUUAAGCCAAAGUUUCAGAGUCUCCAAGCAUGGCUUUGGGCUUCUGCAACUAUAUCUUCACGGACGCUGCAUAUACCAUGGGAUAGUGCUGGGUGUCUGUGCCCUGUGGGGGACUUGUUUAACUACGAUGCUCCUGGAGAUGCUUCAAAUACCUCAAAAGGUCCUGAGAGUCAGGCAUCACCGCCUCAAACUAUUUCAACUAGCGAGUGUCAGUCUCAGUCUGAAAAGCUCACAGACGGUGGAUUCGUUGAAGAUGCCAAUGCCUAUUGUCUUUACGCAAGAAGGAAUUAUCAGCUAGGAGAACAGGUUCUUCUAUGCUACGGGACAUACACGAAUCUAGAGCUUCUUGAGCACUAUGGGUUUACGUUAGAAGAGAACCCAAACGACAAGGUCUUCAUCCCUCUAGAAGCCAGUCUUUAUUCUCUAGCUUCUUCAUGGCCUAAAGAUUCUUUAUACAUCCAUCAAGACGGUAAGCCAUCUUUUGCGCUCGUAUCGACGUUGAGACUUUGGCUGGUCCCGCAGAGCCAGCGUGACAAGUCGGUUAUGCGCCUUGUCUAUGCUGGAUCUCAGAUAUCUGUGAAGAAUGAGAUUCUGGUGAUGAAGUGGAUUUCAGAGAAAUGUGGGAGUGUUUUAAGGGAUCUGCCAACAUCUGUCCUAGAGGACACUGUGCUUCUUCAGGACAUUGACAAACUCCAAGACCCUGGGUUGCGUCUGGAGCCGAAAGAAACAGAAGCUUUUGGCAUCGAAAUACGCGCUUUUCUCGAUGUGAAUGGUUUGUGGGAUUUGAUCAAUGGGGAUGUCACUGGAUUUUCUGGGAAAGCUGUAGAGUUUUCCAGGAAAACUAACAGGAUAAUGAGUAAAUGGAGAUUGUCAGUGCAGUGGAGGCUAAGGUACAAGAGAACUCUUGCAGAUUGCAUCUCUUAUUGUAAUGAGAAAAGGAAUCAUCUCUCAGGUGUCUAA